AUGGAAGAACAGCAAACGCAGGUUGUUUCGUCAGUGGUACCCACCGUUGUUAGUGGAUUAUUUGAUAAUUCGGAGUCAGAUGAAAAUACUGAUUAUUCAACGUCAGAUAAUGUUGGACAUAGCAGCACAAUAAACGCAAUUGACAUCAGAUCUGACGAAAGUUCUCUUACACCGGAAGAGGAAGAGCGUGUGGUAAAACGGCGCGUGCAGAAUAGAAUGGCCGCACGCCGCUUCAGGGACAAACAGAAAGACAGAGCCCACACUUUGCAGAAGGAGUGUCAUCGGCAAGAAAGCAUUCAGACGAUGUUGAGGUACGAACUGGCGCAGGUUCGAAAGGAAAGAGACGAAUUCCGCCAGGCGCUUGAUCAACACAUGGCCGUCUGCCCGCUACAGUUUCCCGCGCGUUUCUAUGCUUCAUCUUCGAACUCUUGA